UGCUUGCAAUGCCCCUCGUGACUCCAUCGCUCGCCGUAUCAAACUGCACCCUUCCACACUCCCCGCUGCCGGUGCGCGACGGAUCGCUCUGCUCGGUGCCCGCGUGCGCCGCGUGCGGCCGGCUGCUUCCGUCGCUGCUGCUCAUCGGCUCAAUCAAGACGGGCUCGACGCUGCUGUGGGGCCGGCUGGUCGACUAUAGCGAGGGCGCCAUAGACACGGGCAGGACCACCGACAAGGGUUACAUCUCCAAGAAGGAGAAGGACUUCUUCGGCGACCCUGCGCAGUGGCGCCGUGGCCGCGGCUGGUAUGAGCGGGCGUGGCCAAAGUGCCCGGCUAGCGGCGCGCGCACCGUCGUCGGCAUCGAUGCGACCCCGGCGUACCAUGUGUGGUACGAUGCGCCGAAGAACAUGGCCGCCUUCUACGGCCGGGCGCUCGGCCAGCUCCGGCUCGUGUGGAUGCUCCGCGACCCGGUGGCCAAGUACUGGUCCUAUUUCUGGGAGCUCAAGUCGUACGGCGGCGACUGGGACAGGGUCACCUUUGACGCCUUCACCGCGCCCAAGCUGAACCGGUCGCGCGACUGCGCGCCGCACCUCGACCACGGCCUCUACCACCCGCAGCUGCAGCGCUGGCUGGAGUACUUCCAGCCGGCGCAGCUCCUCCUCGUGCAGCGGCCCGCCGCGGUGGUGCGAGACGUGGUGCUGCACGCAGGGCUGCGGCGGGCGCAGGCCGAGCGCAUCGCAGCCUCCGCCGUCUCCCGCCGCGUCGCAAAGGAAAAGCAGAACUCAAAGGCGUCCGGCCACGGCCGCAUGCCGCCUGCGUGGCGGCGCGAGGUGGCCGCGCUGUACGCGCCCUUUCUCGACCGGUUCUACAGCCUGGUCGGCGAGGCGGGCGUGCCCGUCUCGCCCCUCGCGCGCGUGGAGGGGCGCGUCGUGAAGAAAGAGAAAAUACCGGGAAGGGAGGCUUUUUGA